AUCAUCAUCAUUUUUAUUUAAUGAAUAAAUUAUUCGGAAUCCUAGUGCAAUGUCUCUAUAAUUUAAUCAUCUUAAAUCAUUCCAAAAGAUAGCCAUGAUCAAAUAUACAUGGAUCAUCAUUGUUGCAAUAUUUUUAUUUGAUUAUGCUCAAGCAUCGUUCGGUGAUCGAUUAAAAUUGUUUCAAUAUUUUUUCAUCAAUUGUUAUCGAAACAAUUGUUCAAAACCAAAUUCAUUGGCACAAUUCGAAUCAAGACAACCGGUUUAUCUGAAAUUAUUCGGAUGGGAUUGCCAAUCAGAAUGUCAAUUAGAAGCACAAUGGCAAACGAUUGAUCGAUUACAGAAUCAUGAAACGCCACAAUCUAUUCCACAAUUUUAUGGAAAAUGGACAUUUUAUCGAUUGUUCGGAAUUCAGGAACCAGCAUCGUUCAUUUUUUCCAUCGGUAAUUUGGCAACAAAUUUUUACUGUUGGCAAGAUUAUCGAAUAUUUGGCAAAUAUUCAAAUGAUCCAUUUUAUAAUUUAUGGCAAAUACAAGCAUUUAUCUCGAUGAAUGCUUGGUUUUGGUCAAUGGCAUUCCAUGCUCGUGAAACACCGUUAACCGAGAAAUUGGAUUACUUUUCUGCCUAUUUAAUUGUGAUCUAUUUAUUGUUUACAAUCACUGUCAAAAUGUUUGUCGAAGUGUUCAAAUUUAAUUCUAAAAUGAUUCAGAUUUCAUUAGCCAUGCUCAUCAGCUUCUACGUUUAUCAUUUGAUUCGAAUGUAUCAUCGAUUCGAUUAUGGUUACAAUAUGAAAAUCAAUGUUAUAACUGGCAUUGCAAGUACAAUUUUAUGGUUAGUCUGGUGUUUCAUCAAUCGCCAUCAUCGUACACAUGUUCGAAAAUGUUUUCUAAGUUUAUUAUUUGUUAACUUGUGCUUAACAUUGGAAUUGUUUGAUUUUGCUCCAAUUUUCUACACAUUCGAUGCUCAUUCCAUUUGGCAUUUGGCUACAACAUUUUUUCCAUUUUUCUGGUAUAGUUUUCUAAAAGAUGAGGCAAUUUUUUAUCUAGUCCAAACAUCAGAUGAUGAAACGAAACAGAAAUUACUUUGAUUUAAUUUUUAUUUUUGUUUUUUGGAACUAAAAAAAUAGAAUAAAUUUUAGAAUUGAAAAAUUUAAAUUGAAAUUUUCCUAUCCUCUAUGUACGGUCCAUUUGAAAAACGAGCGAGAAAAAUAAUAAAAAACGAGGAUUCUCUGUCUUGCGGGUAUCACGAUCGAUGGCCUGACUCAGAAUUUUCUACAAUUUCA